CCCGCCCCACCCGGCCCGCGAGCGCGGUUAGGUUAGACCGUGCGGAAAGCAGCCGCGGGGCCGCCGCCCGCAGCACCAGACGCUCAGGCGCCCGGACAGAGGAACCUCAGCACUACCUCUCGCUGCGCCCCCACCCGGUGAUGACGGCUGUCAAUCAUUAAUCGGAUCUAAUCUGUUGACCUUCCUGGCCAAAGCUGCUAGACUGUGGAGUAUCCAGGUGCUGUCCACACUGGCGUCAUCCUACAGAGAGGUCAGCAAGAUGUCUGUGAAGGAAGGUGCACAGCGCAAGUGGGCAGCGCUGAAGGAGAAGCUGGGGCCGCAGGAGUCAGACCCCACGGAGGCCAACCUGGAGAGCGCGGAGCCUGAGCUGUGCAUCCGGCUGCUGCAGAUGCCCUCCGUGGUCAACUACUCGGGCCUGCGCAAGCGCCUGGAGAGCAGCGAUGGCAGCUGGAUGGUGCAGUUCCUGGAGCAGAGCGGCCUGGACCUGCUGUUGGAGGCGCUGGCCCGGCUGUCGGGGCGCGGCGUGGCCCGCAUUGCAGACGCCCUGCUGCAGCUCACCUGCAUCAGCUGUGUGCGUGCCGUCAUGAACUCGCAGCAGGGCAUUGAGUACAUCCUCAGCAACCAGGGCUAUGUGCGCCAACUCUCCCAGGCCCUGGAUACAUCCAAUGUGAUGGUCAAGAAGCAGGUGUUUGAGCUGCUGGCUGCUCUGUGCAUCUAUUCACCUGAGGGCCACGCCCUGACGCUAGAUGCCCUGGACCAUUACAAGACGAUGUGCAGCCAGCAGUACCGCUUCAGCGUCAUCAUGAAUGAGCUGUCAGACAGCGACAACGUGCCCUAUGUGGUCACCCUACUCAGCGUGAUCAACGCCAUCAUUCUGGGUCCUGAGGAUCUCCGCACUCGUGCCCAGCUGCGGAGUGAGUUCAUCGGGCUACAGCUGCUGGAUAUUCUGACCCGGCUACGAGACCUAGAGGAUGCUGACCUGCUGAUCCAGCUGGAAGCCUUCGAAGAGGCCAAAGCAGAGGAUGAGGAGGAACUGCAGCGUGUUUGCGACGGUAUCAACAUGAACAGCCACCAGGAAGUCUUCGCCUCCCUGUUCCACAAGGUGAGCUGUUCCCCAGCGUCAGCCCAGCUGCUGUCGGUGCUGCAGGGUCUCAUGCACCUGGAGCCUGCCGGCCGCUCAGGCCAGCUGCUCUGGGAGGCCCUGGAGAACCUGGUGAACCGGGCUGUGCUCCUGGCCAGCGAUGCCCAGGCUUGCACCCUGGAGGAAGUAGUUGAGCGACUGCUGUCCAUCAAAGGGCGGCCCCGACCAAGCCCCCUGGACAAGGCCCACAAGAGUGUCCAGGCCAACCUAGGCCAGAAUCGGGACAGUUCCUCCCUAAACACUACUACUCCCACAGCUAAAGUGGAAGGCCAGCAGCUGGCAGUGGCUUCUACCUGCCAGCAUGUGGGCAGCAGCCAGAGCCCCAGUGAUGACAUAGCUCCACAGACAGCCCUCCAACAGGCAGCCUCACCUCUACCUACCCCACCGCUCUCCAGCUCCACCCCUGUGCUCCCUCCACCCCCACCCCCCCUGCCAGGCCAAGGGACCAUAUCUCCCCCAGCACCCCCUCCACCCCCACCAUUGCCACCCUCCUUGCCAGGCUCAAGGACCAUAUCUCCUCUACCCCCACCACCACCUCCUUUACCAGGCUCAGAGGCCAUGUCCCCCCCAGCACCUCCACCACCUCCACCUCUGUCUGACUCCUGGAGGACCCAGCCCCCACCCCCACCCCCACUCCCUGGCAUGGGUGGUCCAUCUCUUCCUCCUCCCCCUCCCCCACUACCUGGAACAGGCGGGAUUCCUCCCCCACCUCCUCCCCUGCCUGGUUUCUCUGUCCCCUCCAUGGUGGGUGGUGUGGAGGAGAUCAUUGUGGCUCGGGUGGUCCCCGGCCUGGACUCAGCCUGGGUCCCCAGUCACCGGAGGGUGAAUCCACCCACACUGCGUAUGAAGAAGCUGAACUGGCAGAAGCUGCCGUCCAAUGUGGCACGAGAACGCAACUCCAUGUGGGCAACACUGAGCAGCCCUUGCACAGAGGUGGUGGAACCUGACUUCUCCAGCAUUGAGCAGCUCUUCUCCUUCCCCACUGCUAAGCCCAAGGAGCCCUCUGCUGCCCCCAUCAGGAAGGAACCCAAAGAGGUCACUUUUCUGGACUCCAAAAAGAGCCUGAACCUCAACAUCUUCCUGAAACAAUUUAAAUGCUCCAAUGAAGAAGUCACUGCAAUGAUCCGGGCUGGAGACACAACCAAGUUUGAUGUAGAGGUCCUCAAACAGCUCCUAAAGCUCCUUCCAGAAAAGCAUGAGAUUGAGAACCUGCGGGCGUUCACAGAGGAGCGAGCCAAACUGGCCAGUGCUGACCAGUUCUACAUUCUCCUCUUGGACAUUCCCUGCUACCAGCUGCGGGUGGAGUGCAUGAUGCUGUGUGAGGGCACGGCCAUCGUACUGGACAUGGUGCGGCCCAAGGCCCAGCUGGUGCUCACCGCCUGCGAGAGCCUGCUCACCAGCCAACGGCUGCCUGUCUUCUGCCAGCUGAUCCUCAAGAUUGGGAAUUUCCUCAACUAUGGCAGCCACACAGGAGAUGCAGAUGGUUUCAAGAUUAGCACGUUGCUGAAGCUCACAGAGACCAAGUCCCAGCAGAGUCGCGUGACGCUGCUGCACCAUGUGCUGGAGGAAGUAGAGAAAAGCCACCCAGACCUCCUACAGCUGCCGCGGGACUUGGAGCCGCCCUCUCAAGCUGCAGGAAUCAACCUGGAGAUCAUCCGCUCAGAGGCCAGCACCAACCUGAAGAAGCUUCUGGAAACAGAGCGGAAGGUGUCCGCCUCAAUCCCUGAGGUGAAAAAACAGUAUGCUGAGCGCCUCCAGGCCAGCAUCGAGGCCUCUCAAGCACUAGACAAGGUAUUUGAGGCCAUUGAGCAGAAGAAGCUGGAGCUGGCCGACUACCUGUGUGAAGACGCCCAGCAGCUGUCUCUAGAGGACACGUUCAACACCAUGAAGACUUUCCGAGACCUCUUCACCCGUGCCCUGAAGGAGAACAAGGACCGGAAGGAACAGAUGGCGAAGGCAGAGAGGAGGAAACAGCAGUUGGCAGAGGAGGAGGCACGGAGGCCGAGGGGCGAGGAUGGGAAGCCUGUCAGGAAGGGGCCUGGGAAACAAGAAGAGGUGUGUGUCAUCGAUGCCCUGCUGGCCGACAUCAGGAAGGGCUUCCAGCUACGGAAGACAGCCCGGGGCCGAGGGGACGCUGAAGCGGGCAGCAGAGUGGCUCCAACAGACCCUCCAAAGGCCCCAGAGCCUGCAGCUGCCAGCAACCCUAUACAAGGCACAGACCACCCUAUCUCAGAGUCAAGCUUGGAUACGACAGCAGCGGGCGAGCCACAGGGCUGGGACCUUGUGGACGCUUUAGCCCCCAGCCCCCAGCCCUCCAAGGAGGAAGGUGGCCCCCCAGCCCUGGAGAGGCGCUCUUCCUGGUAUGUGGAUGCCAGUGACUUCCUGGUCCCUGAAGAUACCCCGAAUGCCCAGCCCUCUGAGGGCGCCUGGCCAGUGACUCUGGGAGAUGCUCAGGCCUUGAAGCCCCUCGAGUUCUCUAGCAAUAAACCUCCUGGAAUUGAGAGCUCACAGCAGGAUGCUAUGGAUGCUGAAGCCUUGAGGGGUGUCCACCAAGCCAAGGCUGACAGCAUGAGAGAGGGAGCAGAGGAUACAGCUGAGUGCGGCCACAGCACCCACCUCCCCUGCACAGGCCCUGGAGAGGAUGAGGAUGAGGACGACACAGCCCCAGAGUCUGCGCUUGACACGUCCUUGGACAGGUCCUUUUCUGAGGAUGCAGUGACAGAUUCCUCAGGGUCUGGCACCCUCCCCAGGGUUCGAGGCCGGGUCUCAAAGGGGACAAGCAAGCGAAGGAAGAAACGUCCCUCAAGAAACCAAGAAGGUAAGUGGGAAGCGAGCUGCGGUGAGCAAGGCUGGGGGCGCCUGGGUCUGGGCAUGUGGUUAGAGCUGAUUGUCCCACUACAGGGCCUGGGACCUCUCCCUGCCAUCCAGCUGGUCCCUCCCCUAUCCCUGCGGGUACUACAGGCUCAACCAGCGUCCAGGAGACAGGGUGAUUCAAUGGGACACAGCACCUCACACAGAGGGCCGCUUUGGGGGCCACCACUCGCGUCACCCUUGCCUGCAAAUUCCUGCCUUCACACCCCUUCUGCAGGGAGUGGAGCAGGGUGGUGGACCUUGACUCUUGUUGCUGCAGGGUGGUCUGGCAUUAAGAUCUUGGGUGCAGCUGCCAUUGUCACUGUGACCCAGAGAAUCUGGGCUUGACCAAGAGUGUUGCCAUGGCUAGCUUGUCCCCCACAGAUCCCACCACCCUGAGCUCAGAGCUGCCCACCUGUGAUGAGCUGAUGAGUGUGUUUCUUUUAUUUGGAAGCAGAGUUUGUCCCUGAUUCUGAUGAUAAUAAAACAAAAAGGCUGUGUGUGAUCCAGUGAGGUAUGUAUGCAGCCUGGCUUAUGUUGACUAAUGGUGGCAGCGGGUGCUGGGGCCUCAGCCUGCUGCCUGACCCUCCUGGGCACUAACCUAGCUUCUCUACAGCCCUCUGGGUAUUAUCAGCAAAUCCCAACCUUGGCUCUUGGUAAUGGUGCCCUUGCUGUUCCUGCCUUGUUGGAGAAGGCCCAGCUGCCAAGCCUUGCCUGCCCCAGGGUCUUCUCUCCCCCAGCUAGACACAACCUCAGAGCUGGACUCCAAAUGGGCUUCCAAGGAAGGGUAGAUAAAGCCAAGCUUCCUGUAGGGAGUGGGAUCUCAGGCCUUUGUGGGUACAGUGUGGGAUCUUCGGGGAUGACUGUUUCUUGGUCCUGCAGGACAGACUGAGGUUGUUCCUAUCUGUGCCACAGCCCUACCCAGGGUCAUGGUAACUCUGCAGCUUUACUAACCCCAACUCCCCAGAAGACAUGGUCCCUCUGCAUGGAGCCAACCCUCCCAAGACUAUCCCAGCUCUUCCAUGGUACAGGUUAAGGCCAAACACAUGCCCAAAGAGACUGGAAGGAAAUGGAUGUCUCAAGUGCAGCUGCUGCCAGAGGCAAAGGUGCCUGGGCCUCCCAUUCCUGUACCCAGGAGCAGAAAGGGAUCAGUUUAGAUGCCAGGUCUUCCUUGUAUGUGCCAUAGGGGUCUUCUGGACCCCACUUAUGGCAAGACAGCCAGGGCCAGUGACAUGACUCUAGAGGUUAGAGAUGCUGUUGGACCAGCUUGGGCCCUGCUCCGUGGCCAGGCUUCGUGGAUGGAGGAAGGCCCAGCUUAGGACAAAAGAUCCUGGCCCGUCAUGAGCCAUGAGUCCAGGCUGAACAAGUGCCAAGCACCUCUGGCUAUGCUCAGGGACCCUGGGUCUGCCUGGCACUUAGAACCCGCUGGCCACUGGGCGUAAGUCUCAGGAUCGAGGUACAAGGAUGAGGGCUGUUGGUUCAUUGUAGGCAAGACCCACAGGGAGGUCAGAACGCCAUUCCUCUUGGGGCCCAGCAUCACGGUGUCUUCCCUCACUUUUUCAGCAGUGUUAAUCCUGCACAUGGUCUGCCCCAUUGUAUAAUGCACUUUGAUGGAGACCAGCUCCUGUGUCCCUGGACCAGCAGCCUCUUCAUACUGCCUACCACUGUUCUAACUAACCCGGACUUGCUACUCCCCUGCCUUGGUUGUUGGUUCAUUUCUUCACUCCCUGUGGAUGUCCUGAUAACACCCUGGGCGAUGUUUUGGCCGCUAGCUGCUGCUCCACUCAUUUUCUCUCAUCUUGAACAGAUUCUCAAACCCAAGCCUCCAGGGGAGCCUGGACCCCCACCUACCACUGGUGGAAAAGCAGGGUUUUUAGGAAGCACAUAGAGUGUUGGGAUCAGGGUUCCUACGGGGGCAGGCUGGUGGCAGUUAAGUGUGUGACUGCCAGUCCAGGACCCUCCUUGGUCAGCACCUAGCCAGAGAGAAAGCAGGAAGGACCAAGUCCAGCUCAAAGGGCCCAGUGCAGGUUGGUGAGAAUAGAGAGUGGGUGUGGGGUCUGAGAGGUGAGAAGUAGACCCCACGGACCCCACUGCAGGUGGAAUCGAGCUAAGGCACCAAGCCUGGCUGGGACAGCCUCUGCAGGGGCAGCCUGCUCGUAUCACCUUGGCUCCAUCCACUCAGAUGAACUCUGCUGCCCCGGAGAAGAACCUGGGGUCAGAGUGGACCUGGAUACACAUCAUAACCUUGGCAUUGAGACCCACAGAGGGCAGCUGAAGCUUUCUGAGGAAGGUUGCUCCUGACUUUGUCAUUUCCUUCCCAACAGGCCUCAGGUCCAGGCCCAAAGCUAAGUGAGUGUCCUGAACGGCUCAGUACAGCAGCAGAUGCUGGAUUGCUGCCUGGAGAGGCUCUUCGUGGCCAGGCUGGGACUGGGCCCCCGAGAAACCGAAACUCCGUGCCUUACCCAGCCGGGAUCCUUGGAAACCUUGGCCAUUGAUGCUAGGACCUGACUUGGCAUCACCCUGGACCACCUGCACGCUCAUAGGCUCACAAUCCGCUUUGCAAACCCCUACCCACCCCUACCGCAUGCACCGCAGGGGUGGGAGGGAGAUACAAACGCCUGCAGUGGGCUGCAGCAUCCCCAGCCUGCCUCCAUGGCGCAGUUGAUUUUUAGCUGAGUACUGUUUUCUGCAUCUUUCUUCUGCUGUGGCUGAAUUGGGGAUGGCAAGGGCUCCAGGGAGGCUUGCUGGCAGUGCUGUGGGAAGAUCCUGGCUGGUAGGCCCCAAGGAACAAGAAGAGCUGAAUAAUGAGAGGGGACCACAACAGCUGCCAUUUCCCUCAGUGUCGGCCCAGCAAGGAGCAGGCUGCCCCUGCUCGGCUCCCCUGUCCCCACUCCAGGGUGUGCACUGUUGAGUUUGGAGCCCAGUGGGGAUUUUAACCAAUAAAAAGCAACCUUGUCUGUCA